AUGUCUGACGCCCCUGCUCCCGAGAAACCGCAAGCUUCGGCUGCCCCUCAGCAGGCUGGAGCCGAGGGCGAAGCUCCUACUAGUAAGAAAGGAGCCAAGAAGGCGGAAGCAAAGGCCAAAAAGGAAGCAGAAAAAGCGCGAAAGGCGGCGGAACGGGAAGCUGCUGCAGCUGCAGCGAAGAAGACCGAGGAUGUGGAUCUCGCCAAAGACAACUAUGGUGAUAUCACGCCAACCACUAAAGUCGACGCCGAACGAGUGAAUCUCAAGAAGCUUGGGGAAGAACACCUGGACAAGACCAUACGACUUCGCGCUUGGAUCCAAAACGCGCGCAUGCAAGGCGCAAAGAUGGCCUUCGUUGAGCUCAGAGAGGAGCGGUCAUGGUCUAUCCAGGGUGUUAUAGCGGCCAGCUCCGAGGGAAAGCCCGUGUCGAAACAGAUGGCGAAAUGGGUAGGAGGCUUAUCCCUAGAGAGCUUUGUCAUGGUUGAAGCAACAGUGAAGAAGCCCCUCGAACCCGUCAAGAGCUGCCGAGUUAGCGAUUAUGAGCUUCAUAUCACAAAGUGCUACUUGAUUGCUCCCGGUCCCGAGGUCUUAGGCUUGAGUCUCAACGCUUCAAACCGCCCUGUCGGAUCACUCGACGACGAGGAGCCCACGCAACCAGCUGAUCCUACUGAGGGUGUUGCCGACCUAUCGCUGGCCGACGCUGCCCCUACAGCUAGCUUGCUUACUCACCUUAACAAUAUCGUCAUGCAUAAGCGUGCUCCUGUGCAACAAGCAAUUGCUGAUGUUAGGGUGGCCGUAAGGAAAUUGUUCAGCGAAUAUCUUGAAUCACAAGGCUUUACCCAAUUCGAGCCACCGUGUCUCAUUGGAGCUGCCUCAGAGGGAGGUGCAAACGUAUUUUCCAUGCCAUACUUUAACCAGAAGGCAUACCUAGCGCAGUCACCACAGUUUUAUAAGCAGUAUGAGAUUGCCGCUGGGCGAAAGCGUGUCUACUGUAUCGGGCCCGUAUUCAGAGCCGAGAAUUCCAACACACCCAGGCACAUGACAGAAUUCACCGGUCUUGAUCUGGAAAUGGAAAUUGAAGAUUCGUACGAGGAAGUCAGGGAUAUGAUAGAAGCUACGUUGAUGUACAUCUUCCGCGGUCUCAAAGAGAGAUGUCAGAACGAGAUCGAGUAUAUUCGAACGAUAUACCCGUCCGAAGAGUUUCUUCUUCCCGAGCCCGGAAAAGAAGUCCGACUCACAUUCGCCGAGGGCCAGAAAUUGCUGCGCGAAGAGGGCCCAGAGGAAUUCCGCAACGUAUCGGACGAUGAGGACAUGAGUACCCCCCAAGAGAAGGCCCUUGGAGCACUUAUCAAGAAGAAAUUCAAUACCGAUUUCUAUGUCCUCGAUAAAUUUCCCGAAGGCGCUCGACCAUUCUACACGAUCGAGGAUCCUGAAAACUCCAAUGUCUGUAAUGCCUACGAUUUCAUGAUGCGAGGUCAAGAAAUUCUCUCAGGAGGCCAACGUAUCCAUCUCCCCGGACUCCUUGAGGCUCGUCUGAGAAGAAAGGGUAUCGAUCCUGCCAGUCCCGGUAUCAAGGAAUACGUCGAUGUGUUCAGGAGUGCAGGAGUUCCUCCUCACGGUGGUGGUGGUAUCGGUUUGGACAGAGUCGUGGCAUGGUACUUGAACUUACCCUCCGUUCAUUUGGCCGCUUAUUAUCCUAGGACUCCCAAACGGCUAUUUCCUUAG